AGAGGAGGGAAGGCUACAGAGUUCCGCUUUGGCUGGGUGUCUCUCAGUGGCCACAAGGGUGCUGAUGAGAACACCAGGAUAUUGAGUCAUCGUGGUGGCCAGCGGGCAGUGAACAUCGUUCCUCCUGCCCCAAACACUCUCUCAGGGGUAGAAAGCAUAGAGACUUCUCUCAGGUCCAUGGCCCAAGCAGCCCAUGGAAUCUCACAACCUGAGCUCUUCCCCUCCCCUCCUUUCUCUCCCUCCUUCGGCUCUCCCUGGCUCCCUCCUCACCUCCCUCCCUCCCACCCUCUCCUCCUCUCCUUGGGCCUUCACCACAGAUUCAGGCGCUGCAGGAGAGGCCUCAGGUUCCUGCUUCCCAGCCUCCUCCCUGACCGUGUCCGCCUUCCUGGCACCGAUCCUGGGUAUAGAGUUUGUCCUGGGGCUGGCAGGGAACAGCUUGGCGCUCUUCAUCUUCUGCUUCCGCACGCGGCCCUGGAUGUCGAACACAGUGCUCCUGGUCAGCCUGGUGGUGGCCGACUUUCUCCUGAUCGUCAACCUGCCCUUUCGUGUGGAUUACUACUUCCUGCACGAGCGCUGGCGUUUCGGGGCCACCGUCUGCAAGCUCAACCUCUUCAUGCUGUCCACCAACCGCUCAGCCAGCGUGGUCUUCCUCACGGCCAUCGCCCUCCACCGCUACCUGAAGGUGGUGCGGCCCCACCACGCGCUGAGCCGGGCCUCCGUGAGGGCGGUCACCUGGGUGGCCGGGGGGCUCUGGGCCAGCAUCCUGCUCCUCAACGGACACCUGCUCCUGGCCGCCUAUCCCGAUGGCUCCUGCCUCAGCUACAGGCUGGGGGUCAAGCCCUCGGCUUUGCUCCGCUGGCACCAGGCCCUGUUCGUGCUGGAGUUCUUCCUACCACUGGCACUCAUCGUAUUUGCCAUCGUGAGCAUCGGGCUCAAGAUCCAACGUCGUGGCCUUGGGGGGCAGGCGGGCCCGCGGAGAGCUGUGCGCGUGCUGGCCGUGGUGGUGACUGUCUACACAGUCUGCUUCUUGCCCAGUGUUGUCUUCGGCAUGGCUUCCUUAGUGGCCUUCCGCCUGGGUGCCUGCCCCGCCCUUGACCUCUGCACGCAGCUCUUCCAUGGCUCCCUGGCCUUCACCUACCUCAACAGCGCCCUAGACCCUGUGCUCUACUGCUUCUCGAGCCCUAGCUUCCUCCGCCAGGUCCGGGCCCUGCUGGGCCUCACCGAGGGCCGGCAGGGCUCAGCCAGUGACGAGAGUUCCUACCAGCCAUCUGCCCGGCGCCGGGAGGCCACUCGGAAGAUGCAGGCUGUGGAGAAACUGUAGACCGAGGUCUCGCUGGAGGGCCUGCUCAAGUAAGAAGGUCCCUUUCGGGACUAGGGGUUCCCCAGGCUGCAAGAGGAAGGACGGCUGGGCUCUGACCUGGAGGGAGAAAGUUGCCAGCAUAAGGUGCCUCAACCAACUGGAUGUUGGCAGGAGCCAGGUGGGUGGCAGGGGAAGGAAAGGGUCUCGACCUUCCAGAGCAGUGUGUCCCAGAUGACAUCCCCAGAGUGCAGGAAAGAGACUGAUGGCGGGUGGAGACAAGACAGAGGCUGUAGCAGCUCCCCUCCAGACAAAGGGCCAUACGGCUGCCCAGUCCAGGGGGAAAGCACAAGUCUUGCUUUGGAGGUUGGACAGUGCACAUUUUUGUCAUCUCCAGCUUGUCCCUUUCAAUGCUAAUAAACUGCCUUUUGAAAAUGCAA